UCGGUAGUGAAUGUCAGUCACGUGGUUUUGUUUGUCGAUUUCAAGGUCAAGAUGGCGGCGGCGGCUGCAGCAGCUGGUGCUAGUGUCUCGCGUUCGGGUCUCUACGAAGUCUAUUUCCGACAACAAUGGUGUUUGGUUUAUGUGUCUCUUACCGAAGAAUCCUUGGUGCUUACCUUGGACGAAAACCCAGACGCUUCAUCCAUUGCCAACGGAGUCAGCAAUGGCGUUUCGGACAUCAACGAGAAAGACAUAUCUAGCGGGGCACCGCUGAUGCUCCGUAAUGUCUGUGGUGGACCCUCUAAUUUACCGGAUGGCAUUACUGGACAGAAACGAAUUGUUCGUGUGAUCAAAGAAGAAGCAAACGGGCUGGGUAUUAGUAUAAAAGGUGGGAAGGAAAACAAAAUGCCUAUUUUAAUUAGUAAGAUUUUUAAGAGUAUGGCUGCUGACAAAACGGAGAAAUUGUAUGUCGGUGAUGCUAUAAUAUCUGUGAAUGGAGAAGAUUUACGGGAUGCUACACACGACGAAGCUGUCAAAGCAUUGAAAAAGGCCGGUAAAGAAGUCACGCUGGAAGUGAAAUAUCUUCGAGAAGUUACACCUUAUUUUAAAAAGAAUUCUGCUCUCAGUGAAAUUGGCUGGGGCCCUCAAGAAAUCAAAGAUGAUUCUAAAUCAAAUUGGACUGAGUCAAAGCCAAUCCCUUUGAAACUAUGUUAUAUAUGUAGAAAUCAUGAAAUGUCUGAUCCUGAAAAAUUAACAAUUGAACUUCAUUCUCCUGACACAAAGAGUUCCUGUAUUCUUCGUUUUCCUGAUGUUGUCACUGCUCAGGAUUGGUUCAAUGCAAUUUAUUCCAAUAUAGUGUUACUAACAGCCCUGACAAUCAUAGAGGCCAACCAGAUUAUGAGCACUGCACCAAAUCAGAGAGAACUAAAGCAUAUGGGAUGGUUAUCUGAACAGCUUUUGAAUGAUCAAGGUACUCCUACUUGGAAACCUGUCUUUGUUGCUUUGACUGAUCAAGAUAUGCUACUCUAUGACACUGCUCCUUGGAGUAAAGAAGAAUGGGCAACACCAUUUCAGAGUCAUUCAUUACUUGCUACUAGACUUGUCCAUUCUGGUCGACAAUAUAAUCCAACAACUGAUUCUGACAUUCUCACAUUUGGAACACGUUCAGGAACGCGGCAAGGUAUUGACACACACAUCUUUCGAGUUGAAACACAAAGAGACCUUGCAAGUUGGUCUCGUGCCUUAGUGCAGGGGGCACAUGGUGCUGCUGUGCUUGUUAAAGAAGUUAUAUGUGCUGCUACUUGGAGCAGGCAAGAAACUAAGCUGCUGAUUCAUUAUGAAAAUGGUUUGACACUAUUAAAAGAUGAUGAAUUGUCUCAAAAUCAUAUAUUUUGGCAAUAUCCAUUUGAGAAACUUCGGAUGACUGCUGAUGAUGGACACCGCCUGUUAUGGUUAGAUUUUGGUGAAGGAGAGCAUGAGCUUGACCUGCGUACUUGUCCUAAACCUAUUGUGUUUGUUCUUCACACUUUCCUCUCUGCCAAAGUUAGUCGUCUAGGUUUGCUAGCAUAGAACUGCUGCUACUAACUUGGAAAUAAGAGCUGUUUUAUCGAUCCCUUCGAUAAUUUUGAGAAUUGCUCUUAUUAUUGAACACUUCACUAGAUGAAUUCUGUGGUUAUCAAUUCCAUCAUCAAGCUGACAUUAAUUUAUUUACUCUGCAAAUGAAAAUUAGUGAUGAUGGAAUUUUCAGAAUUUUAUCUUUUUUUUAAAAUUUGGCUGAAUUUAACUACAAUUUGUAGAUUGUCAAAUAAGGUUACUGUGUCAAUCCUGAUGACAAUCGUUUGCUUUAAGAUGAGAAAGAAAAACUGCUAAAAUCAAAAUAGUUGAAUUGAGUAAAUCUCAGAUGCUGCCAUCCUGUUCAUGUUAUCACCAUCAACUUCAUUAAUUGUAACAUUAAUAUCCAAGACUUUUGCAAGAAUUUAAUUCAUAAUGAUUUGCAUAUUACUUACUCAGUAUAUACAGGGGAAAUGUUAUUCUUUGUAUAGAUGUGUUUGUUGCUGAGAAACUGAUCUGAAAUUUUGUUUUUGUUGAUAGAACUAAUUUUUCUCCUGUAACUAUUUGAACUUCAGUUUCUGGUAUUUAGGUGAAUAUAAUUCAUAAUCCUUUCUCAUUUUGUUUUGGUAUUUUCUUUAGAUUCUCACUCUAUUUGCCUCCUUUUUAUUUUCACUUAAUUGAAAUUAACGGAUAUGUUGAACAUUAUUACAUUUCAUUUAUUUCUAAAAGUUUACUAAAGAAGUUAUGCUAAUAUAUAUAUAUAAUUAUACACACACACUUUGGUUUGUACACUCAUUAGGAUCCUGUGAUUAAGGAAUAAAUAUGCCUAAAUGUUUUUACAAAUGUUUAUAAGUCCUAUAAUUUGGAGGCCUGUCAAAUUUGACUUUUAUGAAGUUAACCACUACAAUACUCAGAAAAAAGUAAUAAAUAUAGGGAUGCUUAUUUAAUGGAAAUAAUCAUUGUCAUCACAUUGCAAUUCUUGAAUUGUGAGCCUGUUUCCAGAACAUUUGGUAUAUUUAUCGUUCCUCUCAGUUAAAAAUUCUGGUAUAGAGUAACAAUAUUCUUUUUUGAUGGUCAAACAUACUUUUUACUAUGUUUUUGAUCUCAAAAGAACCUACUGAUUUUGCUGAUUAUUAAUCUCAAGCUGCUUAAAGUUGGUUUUAAUUUACUCUUUAAUUUAUGUUAACGAUUUUUUUAAUAUAAGUUCGUUUUGAAUAAUUAAGAAACAAAUCCCACCCCAAUUACGAGUGAGAACUCCUUUUCUAGCCUUGUUCAAUAUCAAUUAUAUUUAAAUUAGGUGUGAUGGAAAAAUAGUUGUUGCAAGGCACAUGGGAAAGUUAGUGCUUUGCAGUUACCUCCCUUCCUAUUCCCUUAUAUUUUCACAGUGAACAUGCGUUUUCAAAAUGUGAUUUAUUUUCUUAUCAUUAACAUAUUGAACAAACCACUUAAUCAUUUUGUAUUUUUAACAAUUUUCUAAAAGUGUUUCUUUUUUUUUUAAUUCUCUGUCUCCCUGAUACUGUUUCCACUGUGUAGCCAGUAGCCACUAAAAUACUAUUUCUAACUGCUCUGAAUGUAUAUUUGAAAUCGCACUCUGUUGUUGUCAUCACAAAAGGUAACAAAAGAUACCUUGUUGAAUAUUUGUUAAAAAGUUAUAAUUAUAAAUAUAAACAAACAUUCUACUGUGAGAUUUGUGAUUGCCUUUGUCUGAAAGUGUUACUGAUUUAUUAAUUCUCUUAACAGUUUUGCUUCAAUACUAAGUUUAAAAUUAGUGAUUAUGAUUUAAAUUAAUGGUAUUAUUUAAGAAAGCAUUUUGUCAUGUUUGACCUAAGGAAUUAUAAGAAGUUUGUUUCAUUCAACUAUUUGAAGGUACAUUAAGAAGAAAGUUGAUUUACAUGAUAAUUGUAUUGCUAGAAUAUAAUGUUAGAUAUUUCAUAUCAAAAUGGUCGGGUUUCCAUUUGAUCCAUAUUUUUCUUGUGGCCUUGGGAAAGUUUUCUUAAACUUGGAAAAACAUGAUAAUCUUUUUUUAUUAUAAAAUUUCAUUCACUUUACUACUGUAAUGGUCAUUGUUUAAAUUUUUAGCUCAUUUUUUUCUUCUCUAACUGCCAUUCACUGACAAAGAUGUUAAAUUUUAUAGGUGUAUUUCUGUUACCUUCGAUCAUAUCGAGAAAAAAAAAUAAAGUAUGAUGUAGACCAAAUUCAUUCUUUGCCUAUUGUGUCUUUGUGAAGACCGUAUGGCUACUUUAUGACCUCUUUAGGGCAAUUAUAAUGUUUGUUUUUCUUAACAUUUCUAAGAUUUUUCAAAACAGUACUUGCACAAUAAUUAACUAUCAAAUAUACAAAUACACUGAAUAACUAUAAUGUGAGUGUGUAUGUGGAUGUGUGUAUGUACGUAUGUGUGUAUAUAUACAUAUAUAUAUAUAUAUAUAUAUAUAUAUAUAUAUAUACACAUAUAUAUGUAUAUAAAAUGAAGUAUAAUUUUUAUUUAUUUACAAAAUUCACUUUACAUUUUGCUUUUUUUUUUUUUAUCUUGGCUACCUACUAAAUUACCUGACUAUAGCUGCUUAAUUUAUUCAUCAUAACCAGUGUUCCCGUUUUGUAUUAACCUACUGGCUUUGUUAUGUUACAAAUAAUAUUUGCUCCCUGUGCAUUCUGCUAUUGCUUUAUUUUAUUUUGCUUUAAAUUUUUUGAAAAAUAAUACAAAUUUAAAAUCACAAAAAGAAAAAGAAGAGAAAUUAUUUAAGAGAUUUCCUAAAAUUUUAAAACUAUAUAUAUAAAAGGAAAGAAAAUUUUUUUCAAAUUUUCAAAAUGGAUGAUUUUGUUAAAAAUCACAUUCUGUUUCAAGUAUUGAAGUAAAAUCCUAUGAAAUACAAAUA